AAUGGGUGAAAAGAGGGUUGAUCGAUUCGUCUUCAAGAUUAGUGACAAGCUUGGAGAAGGAUCUUAUGGACAAGUAAUAGAACUAAUAACUUUUAGGUCUUUAAAGGUUAAGAUGAAAAAACAAAAGAAUUUGUAGCUAUCAAAAUGCUUUCAAAAGCAGUGAUUAAUGAAGAUGAGUAUUUAAGAGAAGGUUUGAUGAAUGAAAUCAAAAUAAUGGGUACUUUGUAGGGUAAUAAUGUUGUGAAACUUAUUGAUGUACUUGAAACAUCGAACAAUUAUUAUAUAGUCUAAGAAUAUUGUGAUGGUGGUGAUUUACAACAGUAUCAAUUAAAAUAUUCUUAGUCUAUUGAAAAAAAAGAAAUAUUUACCUUAGAAAGAGGCUAUGUAAUUUUUUGUUGACGUUCUUUUGGGCAUGAUUGAAUUAGUGAAGAAGGGAAUUAUUCAUAGAGACUUAAAACCAGCUAAUAUACUCAUAAACAAGGGUAUAUAUAAAAUAGCAGGUAUUAAUUGAAUACAAUAAUUUUAGAUUUUGGAUUUUCUAAAGCUAUUGAUAAUUUUAGAAAAUAGAUGAUUGAAUCGAUUGUUGGUACACCUCUCUAUUAAUCUCUUUAAUUACUGAAAGGAGAGAAAUAUACUUCUAAAAGUGAUAUAUGGUCAUUAGGCUUCAUCUUUUAUGAGACUCUUUUUGGAUCAAGUAAUUUCAGUUAAGAAAUAAUCAUAUAGCUCCAUGGACAGCCAGAUCAAUUCCUGAAUUAGUAAAGAAUAUUUCUUCUUAACCAUUAAAAUUUCCAUAGGAUAAAAAUAUUGACCCUUAGAUUAUUGAUAUGCUUAAAGGCUGUUUGUAAUUGUAAGAAAAAGACAGAAUGGGUUGGGAUCUAUUAUAUAGACAUCCUUGUUUUGGAUAGAGUUUUUCAUUUUAUACAAAUUAAACUAAAUAAUUAGAGGAUAAGGCAGUAUUUCUGGUUUAAGAUUUGAGAUUUAAAGUUAUGAAAGAUAAGAUUGAUUUAGAAAAAGUGUUUAACAAAUAUGACAAAUCAGGAGAUAGAUCACUUGAUAUGAAAGAGUAUUAUGAAUAAUUUUAUUAGAUUAACUUUGUUAUUACAUGAAAUAGACCCUAAAUUGGAGAGAGAGGAGAUAGAAUUCAUGUUUAAUAAAAUAGAUCUAGAUGGAAGUAAUUCUAUUGAAUUGAAUGAAUUCAAAAAAUGGUUAGAAGAGAAUUAAGUCUAAAUGUCAAUGAGAAACUAGCCUAAAUCAAAUUUUUCAAGAAAAGGAACUGUAGAAAUGCCAAAAGUUAAUCCUAAUAAUUCAGAUUAACCUGUACCAGAAUUUGAUAGUACAUAAAUGUCAACAAAUACAACAAAUCUAACUCCUUCAUAACAUUAAUAAUAAUAAAUAAUAAAUUAAUAGUAAUAUUAGAAAUAAUAUUCAAAUUAACAAUCAUUAUAACCAUCUUAAUAAUUAUAAUAACCAAUUUAAUAACCAUAAUAAUUUUAAUAAUAUCCACAAUAAUAAUAAUAAUAUUAUUCAUAAUAAUAUUAAUAUCAAUAUCCACCAGUUUAAUAACCUAUGUCUGGCUCUUAACAUUAAUAAAAUUAUCCAAUUUAACCUCCACCAUCAUAUCCACCUAUGAAUAAUUCAUAACAGUAUAAUCAAGGUUAUUAACAACCUCCACCUUAUGUGGCAAUUCAUUAACCUCCACCACCUUAAAGUUUAGCUUAAGAAAGAGCUAUGGUGACUAUUUAAAAAUUGGUUAUAGCUAUUGAAAAAUAUAAUAUCAACAUUUUCGAAUUAUUCAGAAAAUAUGAUAAAUCUGACUCAUAAACUUUGGAUGUGAAAGAAUUUGGAGUGAUGCUUAGGUAUUCUUAUUAAAAUAAUCUAUUAUCAUAGAAAAAUCGAUAGUCAAUUAACAGAUUAAGAUAUUAGUCAAGCAUUUUGGGUUUUUGAUGUUGACAGAAGCCAUGAAAUCACUUUCAAAGAGUUCUAAGAUGGAAUCCUUUUACACUUAAACCAAUGGAGAGCUCAGGCUAACAUUUAGAAUAAUGCAGGAUACCCAUAUUAAAAAUAUUGAA